CAAACGACUUAUCAGAAACUGCUUUAAGAAAAUAGGCUGUAAUGUGACUUUGACUUCACAUGUAUUUAUUAACACCGCCUUAUAAAGAACAGAAAUGGACAAAUGCCACAUUCCUGAGUAUCUGCGAGUCGAUGUGGAGAAACAAAGUACAGUACUUUUGAAUUACAACUAAGUACGGUGUUUUUGAAUUACAGGAUGGAUUUAUUCCUGGGGAGUAAAAACUGACUACCUCUAGCAAGCAAGCAUGGAAAUGCAUCCAAGCUCCAACUCUUCCAACGUGAUGAGAAACAGGACUACUGACAAAAAUGGGACUCUUGACGAGAUUGAAAUGUUUACCGUGAUCAUCUGUGCGUUGUAUACCUUCAUUUUCCUCGGUGGAUUGAUACUGAACACUUUGGCCGCUUGGAUUUUCUUUCAGUUAAAAAACAGGACAACUUUCAUAUUUUAUCUGAAAAACAUUGCUGUUGCAGACUUAAUAAUAACACUGACAUUUCCCUUUAAAAUAAUCAGUGACUUAGGACUGGGACACUGGAAAUUAAAGGCUUUUGUGUGCCGCUAUUCUGCAGUCAUAUUCUACUGUAACAUGUAUGUUAGCAUACUUUUCCUUGGACUGAUCAGCUUAGACAGAUAUCUAAAAAUUGUGAAACCAUUCGGCAUCUCCAGAAUGUACAAUGUUAAGUUCACAAAAUUUGUGUCUUUAGGAGUGUGGCUGUGCAUGAUCCUUAUUUCGAUGCCAAACAUAAUCUUCACAGAUGUAAGUCCAACAAAAGAAACAGCUGGCAACUGUUCAUCUCUAAAAAGCCACUUUGGUCUUGUGUGGCAUGGAGUGGUAAUCUAUGUGAAUAUCUGCAUAUUUGCAGCUGUUUUCAUUGUAUUAGCUGCAUGCUACAUUUCGAUCUCCAGGCACAUCUAUCGUUCAAAUCAGCAGUUUGCAGGUUCUGAGAACGAAAGAAAGCACAAUCAAAAUAUAUUAAUAAUUCUGUUUGUUUUUUUUAUUUGUUUUGUGCCGUACCACUUGUGGAGAAUACCGUUUACAUUAACUCAGAUAGGCUCAAAAUUUGAUAAGUAUGGGACUUUCAUUUUGACACAUGGCAAAAUUGUUACUCUCUUUCUGUCUGCGUGCAACGUCUGCCUGGACCCAAUUAUAUAUUUUCUUAUGUGCAAGUCCUUUACCAAAAUGCUGCGAACAAAACUGCACAUUGGACCUAGUGUUGAUUUCAAUGGGUCCACAUGCAGCUCCAGAGGAACAGUCAAGCUACGCAGAUUCCGAGAAUACACAUCCACGAACAUUUAGUGCCAAAACCGAUGAGCACUUCAUUUUGCAUUUCCUGUUGGAGACACAGAGUGCUAUGUUUCGAUGUGUUCUUGUGUUAGUCAGAGUCUUGUCAAGGGAAUGACAUUAAUUGCAAGCAUAACGCCAAUUCCAAGAUCCGGAGGUACAGCACCUGCUUUGUGGAGCCGGAGCCUAUUCCUCGAUGAAAGCAGCUAACAACUAGGGGAGUGAUGCCAGAACCUGCACUGAUUAAAUCAAUUAUCCCCACAGUCCAGGUUUUUGAUUUAACCACGAAUGAAGUAGUCAUUUGAAACCUGCAUUUAUAUUAGCCCACAUAACCUCUGAAGUUUUAGAAAGUUUGCAGUACUGUAUUCCUGCUGUCAGAUAUCCCCACCCCUGUUAAUGCUGGAUAGUAAUUCAAGCACACUCACUGCUGACCUCGAAAAAAGCCACAGUCAUGUCCUGGCAAGUGCUGUUAUUACACAGUGCUGUUUGAGUAGUACAGUCAUUUGAAUUAAAUAGGAUUCAGCUACAUAAGAACAUAAGAACAUAUGAAAGUUUACAAAUAAUAGGAGGCCAUUCGGCCCAUCUUGUUCAUUUGGUUGUUAGUAGUUUAUUGAUCCCAGAAUCUCAUCAAGCAGCUUCUUGAAGGAUCCCAGGGUGUCAGCAUUAAAGGGGAGUUGGUUUGAGGCGACUGCAAGCCUAUAAAGCAUAGUUUUGGCAGCGUCAUUAAGGUUUGUUUAAAACAUGGGGGUGCAUGGAAUGAAUACAAUGUUGGAUACUGUAUAUCCUGAUUGUAUUGUAAUAAUUAAAACAUACUGUUUUAAUUAUUAUGAUUAUUUUUAAUUUGGAACUGC